AUGAAUGAGGAAGAGGACGGUGAUGGACAAUCAUCCUCGAAAAAAGUUGUUCCAAGUUUUAAGUUUCAGUGCCCCGUAAUACUGGAACAAGGACCAUCCAAACCAUCAUCGCCAACAAUAUACACUGGUUCGUCUCAAAUUACCGCUGAUCUCAUGCAACAAAUUCAAAUGUUCACUUCCCACUUCGACGCUGCCCGACUAUCUCCAAACUAUGCAACAUCGGAUCUUGGAUCCUCUGCCAGAUCUUCAUUUUCCACGUCAUCAUGGAUGAAUUAUAGAGAUCGAUUUGCGGAUUACGAUGAAUCUGGAAAAGAAAUGGGGUCUCCAUUUGAUUGCGAAUCCACACACUCGGUGUCUCCCGCGUUUUCGUUAUCGCCAAACUCGUUUAAUCAUUUUUCAUUCGACGCCAGAUCAGUUUCUUCAUUGGGACAUAGUACAACAAACCUGAAUCAUCUGUUAUCCGUCGGUGCGGCUUUUGAAUUAUCCAGAGAACGAAGCCGAUCAGAAAGCGAUAUGCAACCAAUGCAAAAGGAUGCAGAUGAAGCAAGUCUCCUAGCAAAUUCUACAGUAUCCGUGCCUUGUUACACAAAGAAGUCAAAAUUCGGAGGAGAGAUAAAACGAUCAAGUAGCACACCACCGCCAACGACAAAUGAGCGCGAAGAGAUGGAACGGAUGACGACCCGACCGACGUCGGUUAUGGAGAAUAAGGAGACAAAUCUCCUUGUCAACAACUGGGCGAGAGAUCAAUUCCUGGCUAUCCAGAACGCAAUGCCGAUCUACAACCUGCUCACAAAAUCAUCGGAAGAUUGCUCAUCCUUAUCAACACCGGGACCCCUGAAAGUGGUGCCGAAAAGUAAAGAUGAUAUGACGUUUUUGAUGAGAGACGAGAAUAAUCGAGCCAAGGAGAUGCAGUAUCCAUGUACAAUGUGUGGGCAGGCAUUCGCUGUCCAUGACCGCCUAGCUAAGCACAUUGCGUCCAGGCAUCGACAGAGAAGUUGUACACUGGACGACGCUUCAAAAGUACAUAAAUGUAACAUGUGUACGAAAAGUUUUGCAAGAAGUGAUAUGUUGACAAGGCACAUGAGAUUACACACCGGAGCAAAACCAUACAGCUGUCCGACGUGUAAUCAAGUCUUCUCGCGGUCCGAUCAUCUAUCGACACAUUUGAGAACCCAUACUGGAGAAAAGCCGUAUGCAUGCCCGAUUUGUAACUAUUCAGCGAGCCGCCGUGACAUGAUCUCCCGUCACAUGAGAACGCAUUCCAUGUCGGACGACGUCUCCACACCCCUGACCCAGUUAUCCAUCAGAAGUGCUAGCACAUCUCCAUUGCCUCCAAAGAUUGCUACAGCCGUCGUGGAAAUCGGAUCCGGAGAACGAUCGGCGUUCAAACCAAUACUCUCAACGUCUCUCUCCUCUCAUCAUCUCUCAGUUUCUAGUCCAUUCCAAUCUCUAAGUCUCUCAACACCAUCAUCUCCAUCAUUCUCACCUCAGAAUAAUUCGCUGUUCUUAAAUCGACAGUACUCUUUUGAUAAUUCUAUAAUUUCUGAAACUUUGAAUUUGAACUUGAACUUGAAUUCAUCUUCAACUUCGAAUUUGAAUUUAAAUUCAAAUCCUGAUUCUAAAAAUUCUUGA